AUGGCUCAAUACCAGGCCCAACAAGGCCGUCACUAUGCACGAGGCGGCCCCUCAAGCGUUGACCCUGCCUCGAGCGCUCAACGCGAUGCCGCCUUCUCCAACAUCUUCGGAGGUGCGCCGCCUGGAGCAGGCCGGAGCCAGACGAUGACCGGCGCGCCACCUCCCAUACCCGGAGACAGAUCGAACACCAUGUCGGCUGCGACGAUGGGGUAUAUGCAGCGCGCGCCUCCUAUACGACCGGGCGUGCAGCCCAAUGGCUACCCGCGGCCUCCAGGCUCUGCAGAUGGACCCAAUGGAAUUCCUCCGCCUCAACAGCAAUAUCGCAAUGGCCACACCUCUCCGCAGCGAAGACCUCCACCCCAGAAUCUUCCGCAACCCAUUCGACCUGACCGGGUGCCCUAUGGACAACCGCAACGGCUUGAUGCGCGAGGACCCCCGCCACCUGGGCCGUAUCAGCGCUCAUUUGCACAGCGUCCGUACGGUCCGCCGGGUCCUGCCAUGAACAGUGACGCCUUUCGUACCCAAUCUCUCGCUACCACAUCGCGACCAACCUUUCAGCCCCCCGGCGGAAGUAGUUACACGAUAUCUCCCGCGCACGCUUUCCGACAACAACCAUACAUGAGCCAACAGCAAAGAACAACGGCGCAAGGCAGGAUAGUGCCAGACAGACCGCAAGAUGAGCGCACAAUGUCCAUGUCUUCAUACACACGAGAUCAUGACUAUACACAAACAAUGAGCGGGAGAGUAAUACCCAAUCGGAGGCGGGAAUCGGGCGAAACGAAUGUGAGCGAGCAAACGUUGACAAAUGGCUACCAUCAUGCAAAUGGUCCUUCUGGGGCCGUGAGGCAUCAUAGUGGUGGUAGUCAGAGCUCUCGGUCAAUGUCGAUGGCUUCUACUGUCGUUUCGCCCUCGGACAAUCACUCGCCUCGACCUUCGCUUGGGAGCACCGCCGGUGGUAUCGCGCAGAGAUCAGACAGCCAGAAUACUCGGACAGGCACCAUGGUUGCUCAGAAACGGCCCUCACUGGUAUAUGGUGCGCUCUUGUCGAAUGUAGCCUCGGCAUUUCGAGAGAGAGUGCCAUUGCAAGAGAAGGAGAAAGAUGGAUUGGUGUACAAGAAUGCUUUCAGCGGAUACGAGGCUGUGGAACUGAUCGCCUACAUCAUCAGAACAUCGGAUCGGAAUUUGGCUCUGCUUUUGGGACGAUCACUGGAUGCGCAGAAAUUCUUCCAUGAGGUAGCCUACGCCCACCGUUUGAGAGAUUCGCCCAAUGAAGUAUACCAAUUCAAGGAAACCAUCAACGAGGAACCACCGGAGGUCAAUGGUGUCUUCACACUCCUGACUGAAUGCUAUUCGCCUACCUGCAAUCGUGACAAUCUUUGCUAUUCCAUUGCGUGUCCGAGACGACUGGAGCAACAGCAACGUCUCAACAUGAAGGUCACACCUGGCCUCAAACGAGAGACUUCGCGGUCCAGCUUGCACGACGAGUUCGAGAGCGAACAGAAACUGUGGAUCAACACCGUGUCCAAGGAGGUGUCCGACAGCGUUAGUGACAAGGAAAAGAAGAGGCAGGAGGUCAUAUCGGAAAUCAUGUACACGGAACGCGAUUUCGUGAAGGAUCUAGAAUAUCUCAGGGAUUUCUGGAUCAAGCCUCUACGUAUGCCGGACAUCUCACCCAUUCCCGAGCACCGAAGGGAAAAGUUCAUUCGCACCGUGUUCUCAAACUGCCAGGAGGUGCACAGCGUCAAUGCUCGUAUGGCGAAUGCCUUGACGCGACGGCAACAGCAGAACCCUGUCGUCCGCAAUGUCGGUGACAUUUUCUUGGAGUACGUUCCGCAAUUCCACCCUUUUAUUAGAUAUGGUGCGAAUCAGCUGUUCGGCAAGUUUGAGUUCGAGAAGGAGAAAGGUUCCAAUCCAGCCUUUGCCCGUUUCACGGAGGAGACAGAACGCUUGAAAGAAUCGCGAAAGCUGGAGCUGAACGGCUACCUGACCAAACCCACCACCCGUCUAGCGAGAUAUCCUCUAUUGCUUGAGAAUGUUCUCAAAUUCACCGAGGAGAGCAACCCUGAUAUGAAGGACAUCCCCAAGGCCGUCGAGCAGAUCCGGCACUUCUUGAGCCGCGUGAACGAGGAGUCCGGCAAAGCUGAAAACCACUUCAACUUGAUGACUUUGAACACUCAACUGAAGUGGGGUUCGAUACCGCACAUGGAUCUCAAGUUGACUGAAGAGUCUCGACAACUGAUCUUCAAGAGCAAUCUGAAGAAGCAAGUUACCUCCGAGCAAGCCGACGUGACUGCAUAUCUCUUCGAUCACGCGGUACUGAUCGUCCGCGUGAAGACGGUCAACAAGAAGGAGGAAGUGCGCGUAUAUCGGAAGCCUAUACCUCUGGAGCUCUUGCAGAUCAAGGAAAUGGACCAUGUGUUGCCUAAACUGGGCAUCGCGAAGAGGCCUUCGUCCAGCAUGGUGCCCAGCUUAGGACGUAGUACUCCGCGCCCACCUGCCAACGAGCAAGGAUACCCCAUUACCUUCAAGGGUCUCGGCAAAGGAGGCUAUGAGCUCACACUCUUCUGCACAUCACAGGUGCAGCGCGAGAAAUGGAUGGAGCAUAUCAUGAACCAGAAGGAGAAGCUUUCGGAACGACACAAGAUCUUUACAAUGUCCAAACUCAACGAGGGAUAUUUCAAUGCCACUGUACGGGUCAAUUGCUGUCGACCCUUUGAUAGCGGCAGGAAGCUUGUCAUCGGAACCGAUUUCGGCGUCUACGUGUCGGAACGCAAGCCCAAGGAUGCGUCGCAGAAGCCAAAGCGGGUACUGGACACCAAGCUGGUGACGCAGAUUGAGGUCCUGGAAACACACUCGAUCCUGAUUGUUCUUGCGGACAAAGCAGUCUACAGCUUCCCGCUUGAUGCGCUCGAAGACGAAGGACCCGCCGCGCCCUCUAAGCGAGGCCGAAGAAUAUGUCACGCCAAUUACAUCAAUUCUGGCACUUGUAACGGCCAGAAUCUGGUGUGCUGCGUGAAGUCCUCUUCGCUAUCGUCCACGGUCAAGGUGUUUGAGCCGAUGGAUUCCAUGACCAAGGGAAAGAAGAAAUCCGGUCUGGCGAAGAUGCUGGCUAGUGGCCAAGAGGUUCUUAAGCCGUACAAGGAGUUCUACAUCCCGAUGGAGAGCAAUAGUAUUCACUUCCUCCGGAGUAAACUCUGCGUGGGCGGCGCCAAGGGCUUCGAGAUUGUCUCACUGGAAACACUGGAAACGCAAUCCCUGCUCGACCAGGCCGACACGUCGCUUGACUUUGUGGCGCGAAGGGAAAACGUCAAGCCGAUCUACAUUGAGCGCAACACUGCCGAAUUCCUACUCUGCUACAAUGACUUCUCCUUCUACGUCAACAAGAACGGUUGGCGCGCCCGAGGCGACUGGAAGAUAUUGUGGGAAGGCUCGCCGAACGCGUUUGCGACGUGGGGCGAGAAGUACAUUCUUGCAUUCGAACCGGAGUUUAUCGAGAUCCGGCAGAGCGACACGGGUGGAUUGGUGUGCAUACAGACGCACAAGAAUAUCAGGUUCUUGCAUCAGAGCACGAGAGAGGUGAGUUUUACCAACCACAGGAUUGACUCUGCCAUUCCGGCUUUGCUGACAAGACGACUUUUGCAGAUUCUCUUCGCCUAUGAAGACGAAGUCGGCGACGACGUGAUUGCCUCGUUGGAUUUUUGGGGCAGGCCUCAAUCUCCUCAACCUCCUCCUCAAACGAAGUAA